GAGGGAUCGCCGCCACCGCCUCCGCCCGCACCAACCGUGCCGGACCUGAGAGGAGCCCGCGGGCCGCACUGCCCAGCCUCUGCUGCUCCCUGUCGCUGGCGGCCACCCUCCUCGGGAUUCGUUCCAACGAUCUGGUAAAACAUGGUGGAUUACUAUGAAGUUUUAGGCGUGCAGAGACAUGCCUCACCCGAGGAUAUUAAAAAGGCGUACCGUAAAUUGGCACUGAAGUGGCAUCCUGAUAAAAAUCCUGAGAAUAAGGAAGAAGCAGAGAGAAAAUUCAAACAAGUAGCUGAGGCAUAUGAGGUGUUAUCAGAUGCUAAAAAACGGGACAUCUAUGAUAAAUACGGCAAAGAAGGGUUAAACGGUGGAGGUGGAGGUGGAAGUCAUUUUGAUAGUCCAUUUGAGUUUGGCUUCACAUUCCGUAAUCCAGAGGAGGUCUUCAGGGAUUUUUUUGGUGGAAGGGACCCAUUUUCAUUUGACUUUUUUGAAGACCCAUUUGAGGACUUUUUUGGAAAUCGCAGAGGCCCCCGUGGAAGCCGGAGCAGAGGUGGCACAGGAUCCUUUUUCUCGGCCUUCAGUGGGUUUCCGUCUUUUGGAGGUGGAUUUUCUUCUUUUGAUACAGGAUUUACUUCAUUUGGUUCACUGGGUCACGGGGGCAUUACUUCAUUCUCCUCCACGUCAUUUGGUGGCAGUGGGCUGGGCAACUUCAAAUCUGUAUCAACUUCUACUAAAAUGGUUAAUGGCAGAAAAAUCACUACGAAGAGAAUUGUUGAGAACGGUCAAGAGAGAGUAGAAGUUGAAGAAGACGGCCAGUUAAAGUCCUUAACAAUAAAUGGUGUGGCUGACGAAGACGCCUUUGCAGAAGAAUGCAGGCGAAGAGGACAAAAUGCCCUGCCCUCCCAGUCGGCCAGUGUCCGCUCACAGAAGUCUCACAGACCCGCUGCCUUACCCAAACAUGGAUCUCACUAUAUUUGUGAGGACGAUGAUGAGCAAGAGAGACCUCGGGUCACCAGCAGCUGGGAUCCCUCCGUGUUUUCUGCAGGUGUGCAAAGGGAAACUAAUGUGGAGCAUACCAAAGGCGACGCUUCCCUUAAUUCACAAGGAAAAAGAGGACAGAGAGCAUCCCUGUGCUGCUGUGUCCUGACCUGAACAGGGUGAGAUCGGGGGAAGUUGUGGGGAAAGAGCAGAUCAAAGGCUGGUGAGGAGAAUGGGUAGGAGGUUCGUAUGCUCCUUUGCUCAUUCACCUCCCAGGACGUCCUUCAAGUAAUCUUUUAACUGCAGUGGCUCAAAGCUUCCCCCACAAUUAAAAUGGGGUCACAGUCUUCUAUGUGUAUGAAGUGUAUUGUUGUCUUGGGCAAAGGUGCUAAUUUUACCUUAAAUGCUCCCAGAUUCUGCCUUUUAUAACUUUUAAUUUAGUGCUUACAGUCUAACUUACCCCUGACACAUGCCCCAGAGGGCAAUCACCAGGGGCAGAAGGUGAAAAACAGGUGAAAUUGUGCACUACAGAUAGUAAGUAAGCACAGGUAAGCUGGUGUGUACCUUGCUUAUUGAGUUAUCCGUCCCUGCCAAUCACCACCUCUUGCUGGCCUAUCCAGGAGAGGGCAUGCAAGUGGACAAGGAUUCUUCAUAAGAUGUAGCCUGGGACCAGGCUCUCAGUAGAAAGCUUAUAUAUGACUAGUGGACAAUUUGUGGAAUCUCAGUGCCAAAACGAUUUGUAUUUGUUUUCUACCCUUCCCACCCUUAGGUGUUCAAUUUUACCUUCUUCAGCCUUCAUUUGUGUUUGGUUCAAAACAAAACAGAAACCCCCCCCAUCAGAGUCAGAUCCUAUUGAAAAAGUUUGAUUUGUGCUGAUGGACUAUACAGUCAAAACAUAAAUGAAGUUUGAAACCUUGAGCCUCCUUCCAGCUCUGGCAGGUGCUGCAGGUGCUAAUGACCCCGUUUAUCUACAGCCUGAGCUGUGUGCCCUGUCCAGGUGCCGAACUGUAGAUUUCUUAGAGAGCACACGCACUGAGUUCACCAUAGUCAUCGCUGGAUUAUCUUUGAGGGUGUCGUUACGCAUAUACGUUUGAACAUGACUGAGCUCUAAAGCCAAAUGUAAAUUUUGCUUGAAUUAAUUCAUUGGUUUGAAGUACCCGUUCCCAUCACUCGAAGUAGCGGAGUUGGCCGUAUCGGAUUGUGUUUUGGAGAAAUGUAUUGAUACUCGUGCUUGCUUUUAGGUAUAGGUAAUGCAGUUAAUUCUGUGGAUUUAGGGCAAAACGAUAUUGUCUAAACAGAAAAUUAAAAGAAUGAGGGUUUAUUUGUUUCUUCUCCCAGAACUUUUUAUGGGAAAAUCAGUGCCUGAAAGUCCCUUAAUGUCGGUCCUUCUUAGACAAGGCAGAGUUUCUGUAUUCAUCCCUUGCCCUGGUCGUAUGUUAGGUUUUGAGGUGGGCAGUAACAGCAGUGGUCUGCUCUGGUGCACGUCUUCCCCACCUGUAGGUGUGGGGCUUUGUGACGGUAGACAGGUAGCCAACUGCUGUGUGCCGCAGACACCACUAGGCUCUGUGUGGAGACAUGGCAAUGAAAAUAGAUGGACGAUUUGGAGAUAGUAGCCUUUUCGUGUGUGACAAAUGGACAGUAGAGGCAUGUGUGAAAUGCAGAGUGAAUUUAAUUCUGCACAGAAUGGGCUUGAGAAAGUUUUCCCAGGAGUUACUGUCGGCUCCUGGUACUGAGGAUUUGAGGGUGGGUUUUGAGAAGAAAAAGGCAGUGUUAUAUUAAGGGGUCUUAGCAAGGGACAGGAUAGUGCAGGGUAGUGGAUUUAAUGUCCUCAAACAAAUGCUGUAUGAGUCGUCAUUAAAGGGCCAAGUCUGUUUAGUUUGGAAGGACACCGUAACCUGGCAUGCUACGUCAUAAUUUCUCCAGCCCCCGAGAAGAGGGUAUGUGGGUACUGGCCUGCCUGGAGGAGCCUUGUUUUAAACGUCUAGGAAACCUACUGGAAUAGGAAGAGUAAACGCUGCCAAGGGCACGUGAUUAUGUCAGAAGCAAAUGUGGGCUUCUCAGCUGUGGACAAUCUUUGUAUAGAGUCCCAGACCCUGUGCCUGUUGAACGAGGGACUUGCUGCCCCAGCUGGGGGAUUUGGGGAAAGUAGGUGUUAGGAAUGAAAACAGAAAAAGUAAUUCUUCCCCCUCAAAUCGAGUUUUUGUGUCAGUCUUUUUCAUCUGGCUUACUACUACAUAUUUUUUUCAAGUGGGGAAAACUGGUUAACUUGGGAAUCCAAACUCAAAUCCGUAUACACUUAAGCUGAGCAAGGCAUUAAUUUCUCAGACUCUUCACUUGGCUGUAGAUAAGGCUGACGUUCACCUUGUAUUCCUGGAUCUUUAGUCCUUCUACGUGUGUCUAGAGGCAGUCUCUCUUUUUUUGUUGUUUGUUUCCUUUUCUCAAUCGUGUUGUGAGGCCUUUAAGAGAGUGAUAAGGUAAAAGCAUCAAGUUAGAAACAUAAUUUUCGUACAGAUGCACAGUGAGUACGAGUUGAAGAUUUCUGUUUAACUCACUGAGAAUGACAAAGCUGCUUCAAAGGAAGAUUCAGCAAACUGAUAUAGAGUAGAAAAAAGAAUGUUGGGAUAAAAUUGCAAAGUUAUGUGCUUUAAACUGAUUAAUCCUGACAGAGCAAUAAUACCAUACGGAACCGGGAGGUUAUCUUUUUCUACCAGCUCUACCACACAGAAGUCAUUCUUCAUACCUUAUUAACCCAACUUCCUGUCUGGGUACUACCUGAUACUAAAGAUGAGUUGAACAAAGUUCUCUUCCCACCUGGAGACUCAUAUUGAGACUUUCUUGAAAUUCCCCAGUCACGGAAAACGGAUGGUUUGGUCACCCUAGACUCAGAUAACCCCUAGGCAGCCUUCUCUCUGCUCUAAUGUGGCCUUGAAAAGUCAUACAGUAAUCUUUUUGCCUUAUUUCCAAGUUGUGCAUAAUUUUUCUUAAACAGAAACACAUAGUAGGGAACUUAGUUACCCUGGAAGUGUCGGGUAGCCCUGCUUCACCUAUCAGACCAAUCACCAGGCUGUAAAAGGGCUCUGCCUGACAUCAGCACCCGUGAAGCUCCUUUCUGCUUGUUGAGUUACCAUGAGAUAUGGACACACACUGUCCUGGUAGCUUCCAGAAGUGAUUCUUCUAGGCUAAAAGUUAACUCUCACUUGAGGUGCACUACUCACAAUAUCGGCUAUAUUGCUUACGGGAGAAUGUCCCGGAUCUGCUGUUCAAGAUAACAGUGAGUGGUAAUUUUAUUUUCAGCUAGAGCGAGUUUAUUGUUCAGGUAACUUGGUGGUGGAAUGAAAAUGUAAUGCAGAUUUGACUUGCUGGUAUUUGACGUUUUAUUGGAUGUGCUAUUACGUGAAAUUGCUAACCUUCUUUAAAACUUGCUUUGUUUUAUUUUAGAGGGUGGAGGCAAUUGUAUGGCAUAUUGGGUGUCACUUGGAACCAGAAAAUCAUAAAGUAAAAUUUCAAAAAAGGAUUACAGUAUUUUUCAUGUAUGAAUUCCACACAUAUUGUAGGUCCAUCAAAAACAUGUAACCAUUAAAAAGGAGAAUAAAAUUAUUCAACAUGAAAAAAAAUUCAUGAAUGACAGAAUAAAAUUGAUCCUUUAACUCUUUUUUUAUUUGAAGAAAGCACAACUUACCCAGGUAUGCUGUAGAAUGUUUCUCUUUUUCUAAACAGAGCAUGGAACUUAGGGAAAUAAUGAUUGGUGCUUAACCCUGUGGUUGGCUUUUGGCUGCUUGAAGUUUGUCUUUUUAAUGAAACUGAUUUAUGUCUUUACACGUGUUUCUUUGUUGAGAGUUUCCAACAGUUUUUUAAAAGUAUUUUUCAAUGAAGGCCUUUAAAAAGAAAGUCAUUGGUGUGAGAACUUUGUUAAAAUAAGCCUGAAGGUUAACAGUUCUAGCGAAGGUCUAUCACUGUUUAAUAAAUCCUGGACAAGCGAGAAGGAGGCAGUGGACAGAGGCGGCUCUGUGUGUUACUUCCCUGCGUGGUGCAAACAUUUAAGCGCUUGACUACUAGCCAAAAGGCUGGCAGUUAAAUCCACCCAGAGGUGCCUUAGAAGACAGGCCAGCGAUCUGCUUCUAAAACCUCACAACCUUGAAAACCCUAUGGUGCAUAGUUCUACUCUACACAUACGGGGUUGCCGUGAGUCGGAAUCUACUCGAUGGCAACUAACAACAAGUUCAGGUGAAAGGAUUUUUUUUUUUUUUUUCCUUUUUUAAACUUAAAUUUAAAAAAAUUUUAAUAAUAUACCACAGUAAUUCUACUGCAUAAUAAUACACCAGAGUAAUGGACCCGUGUGCCCACUACCACCGCAGCACUUACCAGCUCCUGGCCAGUCUUGUUUCAUUUGCACUCUUAACUCACAGCCCCCAACUUCAUAUUAUUUUGAAGGAAAUUCCAGACAACACAGCAUUUUAUCUAUAAUACCGGGGUAUUUGCUUCUAAAGAUGAGGAUGCAUUUUGGAUCAUAACUGUAACACUACUAUUAUCUUUUAAAUUGUGUUAAAACAAAACUGCCAAUUCAGCAUUUUUUACACAUACAGUUCAGUGAGGCUGGUUAUGUUCGUCAUGUUGUGCAACCUUCACCAAUAUAUCGUAACUAUUUUAAAAUUAAAAAUAACACCAGAAAGGAUGAUUAUUAUUAGUUUUUUUAAUACGCACAUAUUCCUUUGUUUCAGGCUAGGGACCAUGGCUAAGACUUGUUUUGCUGAAUGUUAGGCAUCUGAAACAACCACAUCUUUGGGUAGGAAAUCAAAUAUGCUUUGGUUUUGAACUUAAUUUACCUCAAGGUUUAUGAGGGCGUACUGUGGCAUGAGCCACGUCUUAAGGCAAAGAGCUUCCAGAAAGACCUGGUUUGAAGAAAGGAAAGCUUGCGUGGUGUGCUGGCUGUUUCUGGCAGUCUCGCCUGUGGGCCACCCCUCCUUCCAGUUAAUUCCUACACUGUCCCUCACGUACUUUGCAUUUCACAACCUAGCUUCCUUCCUGUCACCCAGGAUGCUCCAGACCUGCCUGGUUAGGGAAAUCCUCUUGUACCGCAGCCCCUUCCUCUGGAGUGUGAAGAAUUUAGAAUGAGCCAAGUUCUUAAUACAUGAAUUGGUAUACAUUCAGUGGAUACAGAGGUCAGGUAUUGGAACUGGAAAAUCACAUAGUUUUAAAACCAAAAGACAGCUCAAGUUUUUCUCUUUUAAAGUACUUGUAUUCUUGGUCCCUUCCAUUUACCCAGAUAAUUAAGUUUAUUUUUAUUUCAUUUCUUUCAAUUUGAGACUGUUACUAAAAAUACAAUUUAUAUCUUGGGCCUUUUUGAGUUCAACGACAGAAGUAUUUCUGUUAAACUUUUUUUUUUUUUUUCUUGUUUGCUUUUAUUUUUAAUAAGAUUUCGAAGGACCUUUGCUAAGUAGAGAGUGGGCCCUAGGGAUAAAUUAAAACUUCUUUUUCUCAGUUCAACUCCAGGCACUUAUUUCCAUAGUGAGGAGAGAGUUCUGAUCACCUAGAGGUACUUGGGUGCCGUGGUGGCACAGUGGUUAAGAGCUUGGCUGCUGUUCCAGAGGUCGGCAGUUUGAAUCCACCAGCCGCUCCUUGGAAACCCUAUGGAGCAGUUCUGCUCUGUCCUGUAGGUUUGCUCUGAGUUGGAAUUGACUCAGUGGCAAUGGGUUUGGUUUUUCGUUUUUUUUUUUUUUUUAAGAGGUACUUGAUCAAGGUGUUACUACUUGUACUAAAACUGUGUAAAAUGGUUAAUUAUUUGAAAGAAAAAAAAACUUGAUGGAAAGGGAUAAUUUAAAGUCUGUAUCUUUCUUACCUGAGUCUAUUUUGAGUUGUUCCUGGUAAGUUUAAGGAUCCACUUAGCCAAACAGUGAACAUCCAGCAUGCUCAGGAGGACACCCAAAACAUUUCAUAUCGUCCUUCCGGCCUUCUGGCCUGUGUGCCUGUGCACAGCUGCCAUCCCCACAGGCGAGGCACCUGGGGGACGGGCAAGUGUGCACCAACUCACAUGCCCUGGAAUUCUGUCAUUUGUGCUGAAAAUCCUUUAGUUUGUCUGAAGGUAUUAUUCGGUGGUCUUAAAAUUCAAAAUGCCUCCUAGGAUAAGUAGCGUAAUAAUAAAUUGUACUGAGGAAUUAACUCCUCAGCUUCUCUAUGCUGUGGCCGUCAGACGGUCUCCUGGGUGAAUUGUGCGAAAAUCCAAUUUUCUUGAUAGGCGCUGUCUGGUAAAUUACUUUGGUCUCUGGCCCUCAUAUUCCAGGUUUAUUCAAUGAAGGGGCUUUGAGGUCCCUUCAAUCAAAUGUUAGGACUUUAUGACAGGAGACGGGGGUGCAGGUGCUCAAGUGGAGGUCAGAGACCCUACAGACUUGUUCUGUGGUUCAGUCAUGGAGAGAGGUAGGGGAGGAGCCUCCCUGCUCCUGCCAAGGCCCCCCUCCACCAGGAGGCCUUCCACCUGCCGGUCCACCCCCUCUCCUUCCUCAGUUCCAGGAGAGGUUUUUGGGAAGCAUUUCCUGGUCCUUUUGCUGCCACUGUCCUCAAGCUUUUCCACCCUUUGGUGGUCAUCACUGAGUUUGAGCAUGACAGCUGAGUUAAAUGGCUGGCCCGUCACACAUCUUGGUCACAGGACCAUGCAGGGAGUGUAGGUAGAAAGCACUUUAAUUUUCUUACUUCCUCCUGGAUUGACUUUCGGAGCCUCGGGAAAGUAAAUGGAGUGAAAGAUCAAUCAGCUAGUGGUAGGUUAGUCGGUUUUUUCCUUUUUUUUUUUUUGUAAGUGUAAUUGAGUCUACUGGGAGUAAGAGUGGCCCCCCUCAUGUCUCUGGGAAAUCUUAACAAAAAUUCCACUAAGAUGAGCCAGCCAGGAAGCCACUGUGGUUUGAUAUCUCUGUCUUACCUCCUAGUUCUUGACUUCAGCCCCAUAAUCAAUUGGGUUUCCAGAUAAUUAUACAUGAGGGCUUUUUAAUGUAAUUCACUAUUAAUGUUAAUGGAGUCAUCGACGUCCUUAGCUUGCCAUUAUUUGUAAAUUUCUUCCUUCUUUGAAAACCACUUAACCUUCACUUGGUGACUCAAAGCUGAACUUGGGAACUAAUUACAGAAACAAUUCAUUUUGGAGGUUUUCUCCACUAAAGACUCAUCUGGGACCAAAUAUAGAUUUUCCUUGAUGUCACCCUCCAUUUGUAUCUAUUGUCUUUUAAUGAAGGAGCUCUGGUGGAGUAGUGGUUAUGGUGCUCAAAUGCUAACCAAAAGGUCAGCAGUUCAAAGCCACCAGCGGCUUGUCAGGUGAAAGAUGUGGCAGUCUGCUCGCAUAGAGAUUUACAGCCUUGGAAACCCUACGGGGCCGCUAUGAGUGGGUGGGUCUUUCAAUGACUAGAUUUUAAUCCGCGGAAGCAGUUUUGGCUUGAGCACCUGAAGCCUUCAUUGUUAGUUUUUUUGUGGUUUAGUCACAUAUGAGACAAGCAUGUAAAACUCAGCAAGAUAGUUUCUUAGGGUCCCAUCCAGGCCUAGGAUAUGGAGGGUCCAAAAAACAUGGACAAGUACACAAACCAGGCUCUGUCCUGUCACAGUUUCAAGGUUAAAAUAGUUCUGCGUUUGCUGCCUUGAAGGGUGUUAUUUCUUGACCUUUCUUCUUCCCUUCUGUUGUUCUUAGCAUCACCACCUUUUCUGAAGUGCACAGCCUUUUUGACCCCAGAUUCUAUACUAGAAUCAGUUGCAGGAAGCUUCCAGAGAGUGGGAUGAACAACCAGAAGUUGGGUCUUUGAAUAUCCAAAGUUUUUAUGGGUCAGCUUUUGUAUUCCAGGGUUUGGAAGAGUUACUAGGAAGACAGGAUAAGAAAAAAAGAGCUACUUUCCCCCAGUCUCUCACGGACACUUGCUUCAAGCCCAGAUAUUCUCCUUUCCCAGGGACAUUAAGAUCAGAAAGUAGCUUAGAAUAUUGAUUUUCAACUUUUAUCUUGGUUAUAAAAGUAGGGGCCCUUGUUGCUGUCUCUGCCGUCCUAAGCCAGCACUGUGUUACUGUCUAAUCCUUACUUAACUGUAUGAGGUCAAGUUGCCUCCUGGGGCUGGGGCUUUGGAACAGCGGCCCUCAGUGGGCUUUUGCCCACAAGCUAACCCAAUUCGUGGUGCAUUGGUAUCGGCUUACCUUAGCCAUUUGUCUUUUUAGAACUCUGAGCCAACUUUCCUAAAUGUAUGGCUUAGAACAGUAUUUUACAGGAUAUAUAUCCUAUUAUGCUAUUAUAAUAGGGCGGUUAAGACACAAAGAUUGCAUGGAAACCUGAGAAAAGUACAAGCUCCUACGUGCACACCUUGUAAAUAAGUGCGGUGAGUGGUUGGUGGGGACUAGUGAGUGUGGAAUAGAUCUGCAUCUAAUUAGAUGAGACCUUGAGGGAGGCCAUCAGAAGCCUUGUGUUGUUUGAGGUACAUGGAGUAACCAUCACAGUUGGACAGGGUUGCAGUUGUUUCUGAGCAAAGGGCUCUGAAUAGGGCUCCCUGCUUGAAAGGGCCUGAGUGUGUAUUUCAUUUCAGUCCCUUAACGUGAGUAAACCGUACUCAGUAGACUUUUCUAUUGUAACAAAGGCAGGCGCCCUUGUUUAGUAACGUGAUGGUCAUUAGCCAAGCACAGGCAUGUGUCCUGAUGAAGUUACAAGUUGGCUGUAUGCAUUGGGGCCUACAAAACAACCCAUCGCAUUAAAACAAGAAACCUGGUCUACGUAGGGACUGAGAUUCUACGAUGAGGUGAGUUCCUAGGUGGGAUGACUGAGUAGUCAUGCCCGGUUACAGAGAGCUCAGUAACACAUCUGAGUUCUGCCCGGACAGUAGACACAGGUGAUUAUGCUUCCAGGUAGCUCCUUACAAGACAGUAACUGUAAUUUUGAAAUUUGAGAAUGCUUGAACAUGAUCUUUUCAGCAGGCUUGGGGACCAUGUGUUAAACCAUAGGCCUGCAGUAACCCUCUCUUGGGUUCGUAAUGUGUAUUUCAAUCAAGACAUUUAAAUUGGGCUCCUGUUCUUAUGUUAUCCACAUGAAACAUCAGUCCGAUUUCCUGUCCUUGCUUGUGCAGCUUCACCGCCCAAAUCAGUCUGUACUGAUUGAGGGGAAAAACAUUCUAAGUCAUUUGCUGCAGAUUUGAAGUCAGAGUUCUUUAUUUCUGGCUUUUUGGACAAAAUUUUCAGAGAGUGAAUGUGCACUUCGUGACUUCGGCUAGGUAAGUCAGCCAUGCACUUGUUGACUUCAGGCACAUAAGACAGGGUGAAUGAAAGGUUGUAGUCCCCAAAUAAGACAUGCAAAACUUUCUCCUGUGGCACCGCACAGAACCCAUGAAUGUGAGCCUGAUCCACAGCGAGGCUCACACCUGCAGAGAGGGAUCUGUGGCCUAGCCGGUGCUCUCAAACCCCGCCAGCAGAUAGAGAGACAGCUCUGCCAUCAACUAGGCUGCUAAGGAGGUUUUCUUUGCAUUUUGAAGGUAGGACCAAGGAUGCAGAGUCUGAGGACUUCUUGUUAGUAGUUAAUUCAGCAGAGUUGGCUUCUUAAACCUUGCUGCUUAGGUGAUAAAGGAAGCUGUUCUUAAAAUGCUUAGCUGUGUUUGGCACAUUACAGAAAGUAAGACUGGUUUUGAAGUUCUUUGAAUAAUAUAAAGGUUUUUGAUGUGUAAUUUGAAAAGUCAAUUCAUGUUUUAAUUUAGGUUUAGAUGUAAAAGGAUAAAGAUGAAGAUAUGAGACUUUGUUUUUUUGCUUUUUUAACAUUGGGGAAUAUUUAGAAAACACGUUUGCCUCUUAAUGGGGAAACAGCUAUUAUUGUGAACAGUGUUUUACAAGCCAUGUUU